CUUCUGAAGCCCGGAGGGAUGAUGCUUCUGCGAGAUUAUGGCCGCUAUGACAUGGCUCAGCUUCGGUUUAAAAAAGGUCAGUGUCUAUCUGAGAAUUUCUACGUGAGAGGUGACGGCACUAGAGUUUACUUCUUCACACAAGAUGAAUUGGACACACUUUUCACUACCGCUGGACUAGAAAAGGUUCAGAACCUGGUGGACCGCCGACUGCAGGUGAACCGAGGGAAACAGCUGACAAUGUACCGAGUUUGGAUUCAGUGCAAAUACCGCAAGCCUCUUCUGUCCAACACGUACCGAGAGACACCUGCUCCUGACAUGUGAGCUCAUUGGGCCCAAAAAGAACGUCCACAAAUGGUGUCUUGUCGGUGUAGGACAAUUCCAAGGAUUCAGACAGACUGGAACCUUGAACCUAAGAAAAAUUACUUUUUAUCAAGAUUCUAACGAUUGGGCUUCAUAUUAAUGUAUACCUGAAAGCCCUUUAAUGUAUAACUGAAAUGUUCAUGGGAAUCAUUAAUUUAAAAGCAUCAAGAGUUUAUUUCCCUCUGAAAGUAUUAUAUAUGAUAAAGUGUCAUUUGACUGUAAGUAAUAUUUAAUUAUCUGGGAAUUCAAGUACCUGGGCUAGACAGUUGAUACAUACAAAGGUGAAUAAAGGUCUCAUUCAGGAAUAGGGGAAGCAAGUGGGGAAGAAUCAUCUGUUUUUGGUUGUGUUCCCAACUCAAAAAUACCACUUUAAAGAGCAUCAGGAUGUGUCUGUGUUAAGUAUUUGGUUGUGGUCUCCACUUGGCUCUUAGUUCCAUGAAAUUUUAAGCAUUGUUCCCCCCUUUAAGUAACCUGUGUCUAAAAAAUUAAAAGGAUCUUCACUUUUAGCAAAA